ACAAAAAUCUCCAUCCUCUCCUUAUCCAAAUGCAAUCAUCCAUCGCCCCCUUAAACGGUUCCCUCUGAGAAUUGUGAGAAAUCACAACUCGCUGUCAUGGCUUCAAUUCGCCUUCAGUGUUCCCCAUCAACCCCUUACUUAUCCCUUGAACAUCAUAAAACAGCAACGCCUCUCUUUAAACCGUUUAACCAAUCUUACAAUUCUAUCAACACCAACAACAGUUCCUCUCUUUCAUGGUCCCUCUCUCAUUCUCAUUAUCGUACACUUCCAAUUAGAAUCAACAAAACCAGUCACUUCGUUUUACAUUUCUCUUCCACAACUCAAGACCCAAUCGUUGUAUCCUCUUCACUGACUGAAAAAGAUGAAGAACAAGAAGAAUUUUCUCGAACCAGAGUGCUUGCUCAAAAUAUUCCAUGGACUUGUACCCCUGAAGACAUUCGUACUUUGUUUGAGAAAUUUGGGACUGUAAUGGACGUUGAGCUUUCGAUGCACAAUAAGACCAGAAACAGAGGUUUGGCUUUUGUCACUAUGGGCUCUGCUGAGGAGGCAGAUGCUGCAGUUAAAAAUCUUGAAUCUUAUGAAUUUGAGGGUCGUACUUUGAGGAUUAACUAUGCCAAGAUUAAAAAGAAAAAAGAAACACCGCCGCCUCCUAAGCCAGGGCCAACAUUUAACUUGUUUGUAGCAAAUUUGCCUUUUGAAGCUAAGGAGAAAGAACUUAAGGAGUUCUUUAAUGCUGAAGGCACUGAUGUUGUUUCUGCUGAAAUCAUAUAUCAUGAUAAUCCAAGGAGGCCUUCUGGCUAUGGAUUUGUUGCCUUCAAAACUAAAAAACAAGCUGAUGAUGCGCUUUCUGCAUUUACAGGGAAGAUAUUUAUGGGAAGACCAAUUAGAGUGGCACGAAGCAGACAAUUUGUCAGACAAGAAAGAAAAGAUGGUUCUGAUGAUACUUCAACUGACUUGAACUCUAGAGUGGAGCAAACAGAUGGAAUUGAUGAAAAUUGAAACUGAAAUUUGAGAGCAGUGGAUUUCUUAAUUCACUUCACUUUGCAAUUUUGUGGGUAAAAUUUCUUAUAUUCUAUUCUGAUUCCUACAGAUCAUCAAAGUAAUUUCACUGUUCGUUUGGCAUGCCUUUUCUACUAUGUGAUUGGUGCAUUGUAUUUUUUGAGUGAUACUGCUAUACCCUUAAGCAUACACUUUUAUGAUACAGGUCUGAACAAAUUCUUCACCAUCACUUAGCAUGUCCUAGACUUUUUAAAGUAUUGUUUUAUCAUCCUGCUCUGUGAUGGAAUUUAUAAGCUUAUCUACAAACUUCAUCUCCCUUGAAUCCAUUAAUAUGAUAGUGAACUCUACAAAGUUCUUUGAUGCCUUCCACCCCAAUUAUGUUUGAGCAGUUGGAUAGGAGCCUCGUAUUUUCUUGUGGUAUAUCUGACCCAAUGCAAGGGAGGAGAGGAAGAGGUGUUGUAGAAGGGGGGAUCUGCAAGUGAGAGAUUGAACUUUUUUCAAAUUUUCGGACUUAUAGUUGGGAUCUGUGGUUUUAAUCACGUUAUCAUGGUGUUAUCUAAACUCUAUAAUGAACUUGUAAACUAGAAUAAAUUCCAAAAAGAAAAAAUCUGUUGUGUGAAAGUAAACUUAUUUUCUAGUCAGAACCCAAAAAAUCAGUCAAGGUUGUGUGUACCUUCUGAUAAUUCAUUGUUGUUUGUGUACUUCAUGAAUGCUAUUGUUUUGUAAAUUUGAUACACGAGGAAAGAUUUGCCUA